AUGGCCGAAAAGAUGCUCAAACUAAUUCAUAUCAAUGGCCGACCAGCCGGUACUUUUUUGUUGCACAAGACGUGGGGUAUUGGAACCAAAAUAUCCCAUUUUAAUGAGAUUCAGAAAUUGACCGGUGUUGAUUAUAAGGAUAUGGUAUUUUUCGAUGACGAAGCAAGGAAUAGAGACGUCGAGCAGAGAUUGGGAGUAACUUUUGUGUUGGUCCAGGAGGAGACGGGUGUGAACUGGGACGUGUUCAAUAGAGGAUUAGAGCUAUGGAGAAAGAAGAAUAAUUUAGAGAAAUAA